AUGUCCACCUCCCAGACCAUCCACAACGUCGCUCUGAUCGGAGGCACAGGCAGCAUUGGCUCCCACAUCCUUAAAUCCCUCCUCUCAGCCAACAAACACACCAUCACCGUCCUCACACGCACUACAAGCGUAGAGACAUUCCCCGAUUCUGUCUCCGUCAAGAAAGUCGACUACACCUCCUCCGCAUCCAUCACCUCCGCCUUGACCGGCCAAGACUUCCUCAUCAUAACCCUCCCCGGCACCGCCCCACCCGAACUCCACCCACGCAUCGUCAACGCCGCCGCCGCCGCCGCAGGCGUCAAGUACAUUAUGCCCAACUACUACGGCUUCGCGCUGUCCGACCGUCCAAGCGCCGUGCCCGCCGACCCGCUGCUAAACUUCGAGCGCUACGUCGACGACGUGCGCGCCGUGUCUUCGCAAGGCGUAAAAUUCAUCGCGCUGGCAUGCGGGUUUUGGUACGAGUGGAGCCUGGGCAUGGGGGAGCAAUGGUACGGCUUCGACAUCGCGAAGCGGCGCGUCACGUUCUACGACAACGGGGAGAAGAAGAUCAACACCAGCACGUGGAAGCUGUGCGGCGACGCUGUGGCGAGUAUUCUCAGUGGAGAUGUAGACAAGUUCGCGAAUAAGACGGUGUACAUCUCCUCGUUUCUAAUCUCGCAGCGCGACAUGCUCGACUCGCUGCAUCGCGUGCUCGGCACUGCGGAUCGCGAUUGGCAGAUUGCGUAUCAGGGUGUUGAGGAGCGGUAUCAGGAAGGGCACGGGGAGUUUAGCGAGGGGAAUCGUCUUGGGUUUGCGAAGCUGAUGUAUGCGCGCAAGUUUUAUCCCGAGGGCGAUGGGGAUUUCGAGACGGGCUGGGGGGUAGACAAUGAGAGGCUGGGGCUGGAGAGGGAGGAGUUGGAUGAGGCGACGGGGAGGACGGUGCGGAUGGUGGAGGAUGGGUUUGGGGUGCAGACGUGGAUUGAGACGGGGAAACCGAACAGGGUGCAGUAA